GGGUUCUGACGCAACAGGCCAGCGAGGUUACUUGACGGUGUUGCCUGAGAAUUCGCAGAACUCUGGGGGAGAAUUUCGCAUUCGAUGCCCGCGGGGAAUUCAUCAUCGGACACUGAAAUUUCUCACAGGCGGAAGCCGCGAUAUUCUGCUGGACCAGGUCUAUGGCAGGCUGCAGCUAUGCCCGCUCACUCGCGGCCGGCCUCCGAUCUUCCCAGAGCAUUAUCUUUGCUGCUAACUCUCUGAGAUCGCCGCCCCAAAACAUCUCGAUCCGCGGCUGCUUUCGAGCUCCCAAAGCCAGCUUGCAUCUGACCUCGCGAUCUCGACUGCAGAACCUCUCUCUAUUGGGCCUCCAACCGACCAAGUGCCAAAAGCACAUCCAUAGCCAGCAGUUCCAGCCUUUUGUCCCCCCUCCACCCUCUUCUCUCGGAAAACCCACCGCCGCGAAAACCUACCGACGAACCCGCAAAUGGCUCCGUCGCCUCUUCUACCUCAGUCUCUCCGUUGGCACCAUAUAUGCCAUUGACAGCUACUUCUACGCCUCAUGCCUCACCCGCACCGCCCGCACAUUCGCCCUCGGCAUCUUGGUCGCUCUCGACUACAAGCUCAACUUCCGGCCCAACCCACCGCUCGCCUCGUCCAUAGCCGCAGUGCACGCGCGCAACGCCGAGCGUCUAUCUGAACUCCUCCGCACCAAUGGCGGGUUAUACCUGAAGAUCGGCCAGGCUAUCGCCAUGCAAUCGGCCAUCUUGCCACCGGAAUUCCAAAAGAUGUUCUCGCGCAUGUUCGACGAUGCGCCCCAGAACGACUGGAAGGACGUGGCGCGCGUCAUCGAGGAGGAUUUCGGAAAGCCCGCUGAAGAGGUGUUUGGAGUAUCGUUUUCGGGAGAUCCGAGCCGUGGAGUUAUGGAGAGGACGGCGAGGGCGAGUGCGAGCGUUGCACAGGUACACUGGGCGAAGUUGAGCGAUGGCAGGGAGGUUGCUAUCAAGAUCCAGAAGAAGGAGAUUGCGACGCAAGUUAAGUGGGAUCUGUGGGCUUUCAAGAUUAUUACAUGGGUUUAUAGUCGUGUUUUUGAUAUCCCGUUCUACAGCUUGGUACCUUUUGUCAGUGAGCGUCUUUUCUUGGAAACAGAUUUUGAAAAUGAGGCCGAUAACGCUGAGCGAAUGGCCAAGCUUGUCGCGGCCGAGCCGCGGCUCCGAAAUAGAGUAUACAUUCCAAAGGUCUACCGCGAACUAAGUUCUAAGCGAGUCAUGACUGCUGAAUGGAUAGAGGGUGUUCGACUUUGGGAUAAAGAUUCCAUAACGAGACCUUGGCGGGGAGGUUGGCGACAAGGCAGCCCAGGAUGCCAUGGAACACCUCUGGAUCUUCCCGGUGCGAAGUUGACACCUCGUCGGCCAUCCUACAGUACUUCUACUCCUGAGAGACUAAAGCCAGGACGGGAGUCCUGGAAAGGAAGAGCUGGCCGUGGUGGUUUGGGACUCUCACUUAACGAAGUGAUGACGACAAUGGUCGAUCUGUUCUCCGCGCAAAUGUUCCUUUGGGGUUGGCUUCAUUGCGAUCCUCAUCCUGGCAACUGGUUCGUCCGCCGCCAGCCCAACGGCAAGGCCGAGCUUGUGCUCAUAGAUCACGGUCUCUACGUCCACAUGGAGCCUAAUUUCCGGCAUCAAUACGCACGUCUCUGGAAAGCACUAUUGACUUUCGAUAACAAUAGUAUUACCAAGAUCGUCAACGAUUGGGGCGUUAACAACGCUGACUUGUUUGCGUCCGCCACCCUUCUCCGGCCAUACCAGGGCGGAGAAAGGACAACGUCAAAAGCACUCGAAGGUUUAAGCAAGAAGGACAGAGCCAAAUUACAAUACGAAAUGCAGCAGGCGAUGCGAAAAGCCGUUCGCGAAAUUCUUGGCGACGAGACCAGAUGGCCGCGCGAGCUCAUCUUUAUAUCCCGAAACAUGAGGAUCGUGCAAGCAAACAAUCAGUUCUUAGGCUCACCAGUUAACCGGAUCAAGAUCACGGGCACAUGGGCCUCCCGUGCCCUUGUCGAAUCGGCCGACUUGCCGCUGUUAGAAAAGAUAAAGAAUUAUGGUCGGCACAUCGUGUUUAGAUUUGUACUACUCAGCUCCGACAUACUGUUCUACUGGUAUCGGAUUCGGCAGAUGCUGGGCUGGGGAGGAGGAAUGGAGGAUGAGAUCGAAGCUCAAAUGCAACAUAUGGCAAGGGAUAUGGGAGUCGAGCUGAGCCAACCUAUAUUUGAGGGUUGAACAGCUCGCAUGAGUUCCUCUUUGCUCUUUGUAUAACUACUAGUUUAUCUCCACGCUUUGAGCAGGCUCUUCUGUAUUUCUAAUGUUUUCACAUGUAAAAUAGCAAUGUAAAAUAGGUCAAGGGUA